AUGUUUUAACAACUUAAUAAUACUAUUUAAGCAUGUCGUUUUAAUUUAGUUAUUAAUUAUACUCCUAAAAGAUUGGUGCUUGCUUCUCCUUCUGGAAUUGGCAAUAGUAAUGCUUUGAAAAAGAAAGAGGAAUUUCGAAUAUACAUAGAGCUUUAUAAACAAAGAGAGACUCAUUACUAGAAUAUUAUUUUUUCCAAAGAUUAAGAAAUAUCUAUGAUGAAAUCACACAUUUAGCAAAUAGAGGAAAGAAAAUCCUACAAAUAGUAUCCAAAGUAAUACAAAUGA